AUGCGCGUCCAGAGAACCUUUACCGUGGUGCCGGCUCCGGGGCCGGCCGAGCGAACCCCCGUCGACAAUCGCCCUAUGACAUCCAAGCAAGUCCGCAAGGCCUACCGCGAAGCCAACCGUGUCCCGCGCGUGUCCAAGGCAGAGCUCCGGAGACAGGAGAGGGCCGAGCAGGAGCGCAUACGAAAGGAGCUCGAGAAGGAAAAGGCCGCGAGCAAGGCAAAGGCGCUGAGGGAGAAGAAACGGGCAAAGGAGCAGGCGGAGCGAGAGGAGAAGAAGAAGAAGGGCCUGCCCCUGGUCAACGUCCGGCCCAGUCAAGAUACCAUUGCGCGGUUUGUGAGAGGGAACGGAUCGGGGAGCAAGAGAGAUUGCCAGGGGCGAGACACUUCAGCAGCGCCAGUCUUGCCGACAGUGGAGGAGUCUGAGGAGGAGGACGAUCUUCCCAGCCCGAAGCGAUUCUGCGAAACGAAGCAUGAACUCAAGGGAAUUAUUGAGGAGCCUGAGCAAGAUGAAGCGGGGACUGUGCCUGAGCGAGGAGAAUCGGAGACUCCCGCUGCGCCUGAAGAGCCUCUCACUGAGCUUGACACUGUACCACACAAUGAGCCCGUCGCCGAAGAAGACUUUCUGGAAGGAUUUGAGGUAAUGUCGGACGAUGAAAUUUCCAAACUAUCAUUUAACGCAGUGGUUGCAAAGGGCAAGGUCAAAGACCAAGAGGAUCCUCCCCCUAUAGGGCCAGAUGCCACGCCGAGCGAGGGAGAAAGCGUGCUUGAUGAGACCACAGCACGGCAACCAGAUCCUCCCAAUUCAAUCAAGAACCCUGAAGCAAUGGCUCUUCCAGACUUUGACUUGAUAUCCGAUGAUGAGGAUGAUCUAGAGCUGGAGAUGCUGGCUCUAGACGUUGUCCUGACCCCCCAACAGCAGCUACCAAAAGAAGCAAUGGAGAAGCCUUUGCCCCCCAAACCACAGAACUAUGUUCCCACAAAAUCAAGCUACGAAACGGAUCUCGGGCUGGCCGCUGGCCUUGAAGAACCAAGCCCUACGAAGCAUCAGGCGUCUCUCAUGCCACCACCACCACUACCGGCAGCUCCGCAGCGCCCACGCUCCCAAGCCUCACCUGUCGCGAUGAAACCACAGGCACCUCCUCUCAGUACACAGCAGAUCCUCUAUAACAUGGACGACUUCUUCCCCACAUCAUCGCAGCAGGCAGCCGAACUGGAGGGGGAGGAGACUACAUUCAUCUCUCAACACACGACAUCGGGCUCCAUGCCUGCACCCCAAGCCGCAAGUCCUAUAGUAAAGAAGAACUCGCCUCUACCCCUAGACGCAGCGUCUUCAUCUCCCGGAACUCCGAAGCCGUUCUUUACCGCUUCAGGGACGAACGAAAGAAUAGCUGUCGCCUUGCUACAUAGUCGACGAACGGCAGAGCGGGAGGAGGAGGAGAGACGGCGGACUGCAGAGUUGGAAGCCCUUGCAUUCGAAGAAGCCAAGAGGAGAGCAGCCGAGCGUCGCGCUGAAGAGAGACAAGCGGAAAGUCAAGCGGAAAGUAGGCCAAUCACAACGGCUGAGUCUACAAAGGCUAGGGUGUAUGAACAACCGCAAAUCCCUCGACAAGGGAGGCCAGUUGCUGCAACGUCGCCACAGUUUCCGACAGGCAAAGCGUUCAUACCGAAUGCGAACCGUGCAGCCAGCAGGGUGGUUACGCAGAGGAGGCCCCUUGCUGAGAGCCGCGCAAACGCGGCUUUGCCUGGCAAAUUGCCUCCUGCAGCUGAGGUGAAGAAUAGAGCACCAUAUCAAGGCGCAGUGUCUCGGCAGCAGCCCUCCCGACCUACGCACGCGAACACACCUCUACCUCCAAAGGCACAAAACAUACCCUCUUUUCCGAAAGACCACGAUAUGCCUAUCAAGACGUCCAAUAAAGAGAACAAGGCCGCUCCUGAAGUCGAUGAGUUUAAGGACCUGAUGGCUUCUCAGGAGUCGGAAUUCGGCGGGAGCUGGAUGGACGAGCUGGCGACGGAGCUUUCCCUAUGA